AUGAUUGGUAUGAGGGCUGGUGAGAAUGUAGCCAGCCCAGUGUUGAGGUCGCACGCGUCUUUGGGAUUAGCCGGCGUGUUGACAGACCCCGUACGUGGCCGGGUGCGUCCCGACGCCCAGGGUGAGGUCGCACGCGUCUUUGGGUUAGCCGGCGUGUUGACAGACCCCGUACGUGGCCGGGAGCCAGGAUUGAUAGGAAAGAGCUACGUGUGGCUUGAUCCCUUAGUAGGGUACGUAGGCAGCCUGGGAUAG